AUGAAUGGCGUACACGAAUUAACAAUUUUUUCAACUGAUUUAGAAAAUCAUUAUGAUGAGCUGCUAAUAGCUCCCGAAAAGGACAUUUUGACACUCCCUGUAGAUCCAUCAGUCGAACCUGUCUAUGUAUCACAUGAAUAUUUAAAUGUUAUCAACCCAGUAACAGUAAAAUCAUCUCCAUCUAUCACACAAAAUAUUUUUCGAACUUUAUCUGGUAUAUUUUAUUCAUUAACAUCAUCAUUUUUAUUUACAUGCUCAACAUUUGUUGUUAAACAAUUAAAGGUUGAUUUACUUGAUGCAUUAAUAUUACGUUUAAUAUUACAAACAGUGACCAUUAUCGCAUUUAUUAUUUACAAAAAAUAUCCAUUUUUUAGUGGUACUAAAAAGCAGCUAUUAUUGCAAUUAGUGUGUUGUUUAUCAGGAGCAGGUGCAUUGACAGCCUUCUUUGUUGGUUAUCGAUAUAUACCAUUACCAGAUUUAACAACGCUAGCAUAUACAAGGGUCAUUUGGACGUUAUUAUUAACUAGUAUUAUUUAUCGUGAAAAACCAUCAAUUGCAAUUCUGGGAGCCAUACCAUUAGCGAUCCUAGGAGUCAUUUUUGUUGCACAACCAACGUUUCUAUUCAACAAUAAAAUGCCUCAAGUAUCAAACAUGAUACUCAAUUCUACCAUAACUGUAACAAAUUCAUCAAAAUAUCGUUAUAUUGGUUUUUCAGUUGCACUAUUUUGUGCUUUAUCAUCAUCCGUCAAUGUUAUCCUUUUCAAACAACUCGUGACAUGUAAAAUAAAAUCGAGUGUAUUAAUGUUUCAAUUUGUAAUUGUAGCCUUAAGUAUAUUAAUUCUAAAUCAAUUCUACAAAUAUUUUAUCGAACAUAAACCAAUAAUUCUAUUAAAAUGGCAAUUUAUAAUUGCGUCGUUCAUAUGUUUAUUGCAAAUUCUAUCAUCAACAUUAGUUCAAAAAGCGAUUAAACGUGAAAAUCCGUCGGUAUAUACCAUUCUAUGUAGUAGUGAUAUUAUCUAUGCGAUUAUACUACAAAAUUUGUUCACAAAUAUGAAAUCAGCUUUAUUCGCUUUAUUAGGUUCGUUAUUGGUUAUUAGUAGUGUCAUAUUGAUUGGUGGAUAUAAGUUGUUUAAGAAUAGACAAGCACUAAAACUAGAUAAACAACGCGUACAUAAAGAAAAAUUCAAAACUAUCACUUGA